ACGGUCCGUGACCAUGGCAUCCGGGGGCUGUACCGGGGGCUCAGCUCACUGGUGUAUGGCUCCAUCCCCAAGGCUGCUGUCAGGUACGUGUCCCCCAUGGCACGGGAUGAGCUGGGGGGGACCCUGGGCAGCAGCAAGCAAGGGGGACUGAAGGGGACCUACCAGGGCUUAACCGCAACUGUCCUCAAGCAAGGAUCGAACCAGGCCAUCCGCUUCUUCGUCAUGACCUCCCUCAAGAACUGGUACAAAGGGGAUGAUCCCAACAAGGUCAUCAACCCCUUUGUCACGGGGGUGUUUGGAGCCCUCGCCGGAGCUGCGAGCGUCUUCGGCAACACCCCCUUGGAUGUGGUGAAGACCAGGAUGCAGGGGCUGGAAGCGCACAAGUACAAGAGCACCUGGGACUGCGCCUACCAGAUCAUGAAA